AUGCUGAUAAGAGACUUCAGGCGAUUCUCGCUGGUCCUCGGCUCAGCGAUCCUGCUGCUGCUGCUGUGCGUCAGGCUCGUCGGGCCCGCGGGCACGGAGACGUUACUGGGCCUGCAGGUGGGUGACUGGAGCGGCGGCUCGCCAACUUCACCGCAUGCGCCGUCGUACACGUCGCCCUUCGCGGUGGCGUCGCCGUCUGCGCUUGAGGCCGCCAUGCAGCAGAGCGCACUAACGGACAGUGCAAAGGAUAAUGAGGUACCGUUCGUGUCCUCGCCGUCGAGGCCGUCUGGGUCGAGGUUCAUCGGCCCCAACGGCGAGAUCGUCGGCUUCCAGCCCCCGGCCGAGGUGAGGCCUGGCGGCUCCGGCAUCCUCCACACCGAGAUAUUCUCCGUCACCACCAAGGACAGGCAGUACUUCCCCAUCAGGAUGGGCAGCUCCAAGGUCCUCAACCCCAACAUCAUACCGCACCCGCGGCUGGAGUCUGCGUGGAUCGUCGUCGCACAGAAGCAAGGGGGCGUUAACGACGACGACCAGCAGCAGCAGGGGCUCUUCGUCGAGCCCUCGAUCGAGCUGGUCUGCAACGCCAUGUUCAUCGACGACGCCCUGACCUGCAUCGGCGCGGACGGGCGGGGGUUCGGUGAGCCCACCACGCUCCCUGUCCAGCCGACGGCGGGCGACGGGACGAAGUGCACAGGCGACCUCGAGUUCUUCAACCUCAACGUCGGGCCGCACGACGCGCGGGUCUUCUACGGCCCCCGCAACCCCUACACCAUCUACGGCUCCAACUCCAACUUCAACUGCUUCGGGCAGUGGGUGCGGGACUUCCGCGGGCUCAUCACGGACUGGGGCGUCGACGUCGGGUCGGCGGCGGCGGCGGGCGCCUCCUUCACCGAGGAGUUCGCCUCGCCCGCGGGGACGGAGCUCCAGCGCCCCCCGCCCUACGGCGCCGUCGAGAAGAACUGGUUCAUCUUCUGGGACACGGACAACGUGCACUACGUGCACUACGACGUGGCGCCCCGGCGGGCGUUCGCGCGGCUCAACAGCGACGGGUCGGCGGGCGAGGACCUGGGCCGCCACACGUCCGGGCGCGACGACGCGUGCCUGGCGCGGUACCUCCCCGCGCUCGCGCACGCCGCGACGCAGAAGCAGCAGGACCAGGUCGGCGGCAGCCCCGCGGCCCACGAGAGCAUCCACCAGGCGACCAACUCGCUGGCGGUGACGCUGUGCCGGCGGUCGGACCCCGGCUGCGUGCCCGACGACACCAACACGUUCAUCUUUGCCGUGCUGCACCACAAGGCGUACCGCGACUUCCACAGCGUGUACGAGCCGUACGUCAUGGUGUUCCGGCAGCGGGCGCCGUUUGAGAUGUUCGCUGUCAGCUCGAAGCCGCUUUGGAUCUCUGGGCGGGGCACCGUCCGGGGCACGGGGGGCAGGCCCGACACGACGGAGAUGUUUUAUGUGACUAGCAUUGCGUGGAAGAACAAGGGGCUGAAGUACCAUGGCUAUGUUGAUGAUGUACUCUUCCUGGCGUUUGGGAUUGAGGAUGAGAGGGCUGCUGGGAUUGAUGUGCAGGCUGGGAGCCUGUUGGCUAAUCUGGGGCUUUGUGAGGAAGGCUUUGCGGACGGAGGUGUUUAA